AUGGGAUCUUCAUGUACUGUGAAAAUCCUUGAGAUUGCUCAAAUCAAACCAUCCCUUGAAUUACCGAACUGUACCAUUGAAUUCUCUUUGCCGCUCACUUUCUUCGACAGUUUCUGGUUCACAUUCCCACCAGUUGAGGGACUCCUUUUUUACAACCUUAACGACUUAACCCCUGCAGAUUUCAGCUCAGAAAUCCUCACCAAACUCAAGCAAUCUCUUUCUCUAACGCUGCGUCAUUACCUCCCCGUCGCUGGAAGCCUCAAGUGGCCAUCAGAUGCCCCCAGACCCUUCAUUUUGUACGCUCCGGAUGAUGGAGUUUCAGUCAUAGUUGCCGAGUCUGAUGCAGACUUUCACCGUCUCUCCAGCAAUGGAAUCUAUGAAGCUGUUGAGUUACAUCCUUUAAUACCCCACCUGAGAUCCUCAGAUGAUUCUGCAUCAAUUCUAGCUAUUCAAAUAACAUUUUUUCCUAGUCAAGGUUUUUCCAUUGGAAUCACAGCUCAUCAUACAGUUCUUGAAGGAAAAACUACAUCCAUGUUUAUGAAAUCCUGGGCUUACCUAUGCAGGCUAGGGAAUAAAGAAAACCCUGGGUUGCCACUAGAACUAAUCCCAUAUUUUGAUAGGGAAAUUAUCAAAGAUCCUACAGGGCAUGACCUUGAUAUUCUAUACUUGAACCAACGUUUAAUAUGUUCUAAUGGUAAUAAAAGCUUGAAGGUUCCAACAAACAAAAGAGCAACUCCUAAUCUAGUUCGAGCCACAGUUACGCUUAGUCAGGAAGAUUUCAAGAAAAUGAGGGAAAAGGUCUUGUCUAAAUCACCUGAUAGCUCAAAAAUUCCGCCUUUAUCAGAUUUUGCGCUUACUCUGGGUUAUGUAGCUAGUUGCAUUGUCAAAGCAAGAGGUGGAGCAGAAACCUAUUUUGGAAACUGUAAUGUUAUUCUAGCAGAUAUAUCAGAGGCCGGAGGUUACAUGGACUUCGAAAACGGGAUUGCAUUUGGUGCAGUAAAAGUAAGCAAUAUGGUGAAGGGAUUAAAAGAGAAAGGGGUUUUCGAAGGAGCAAAAGAUAGGCUGGCACCCCUUUUCAAAAUAGCUAAGGAGCCACCAGGAUCCGUGCAAAAACUUAUAGUUGCUGGAUCGCCACGAUUUGAUCUUUACAAAACCGAUUUUGGAUGGGGAAGGCCGUGGAAAGUGGUGCUUGUUUCCAUUGAUAAGAAUGAAGCUAUUUCCAUGGCUGAAAGUAGAGAUGGGAAUAGAGGAAUAGAAGUUGGCUUGGCCUUGAAGAAGCCUGAAAUGGAGCGGUUUCUCUCCAUGUUUCUCAAAGAUGUUUAA